AGAGAGGCUGAGACCAGCCCAGAAAGUUCCAGAUCUCACGCCCCAGCUCCCUGCAGUCAUGAGGGUCUCCGCAGUGCUUCUGUGCCUGCUGCUCGCAGCUGCCGCCUUCAGCCUCCAGGCGCUUGCCCAGCCAGGUGCAUUCAGUGCCCUGUUCCCUUGCUGUUUCACGUUUAACAAUAAGAAGAUCCCCUUGCCGAAGCUGACGACCUAUCGAAUCACCAGCAGCCACUGUCCCCAGAGAGCUGUCAUCUUCAGGACGAAGCUGGCCAAGGAGAUCUGUGCUGACCCGAAGGAGAAAUGGGUCCAGGAGUAUGUGAAACAGCUCAGUCAAAAAUCUCGUGCCCUGAAGCCUUGAACUCGUCCAGCCACACUAAGACCAAGCCAGAGUGUGAGAAACGACGAUUUAUUCACCUCCAGCCUGCCCGGCGAUACCCUGGACUAAUUUUACUGUAAUUUUCAAACAGGGUGCUUUCCAUAUUGUGAUGCCAAAAAAAAAAAAAUGUACUAGGUCUUAAGUAAUAUUUAAGGUUAUUUGAAUUGCUGCCGGCCUUGGGGUUGUUUUUAAUAUUGGUGAUCUUUUUUUAAAGCAAGGCCUUGAGCCAGCUGCUUCCCGUCAUAAGCCCCAGUUCCCUGACCUGUAAGCUUCCAGCAGUGGGUCUGUCCCUGCCUAACUCCCCAGCCAUUGUAUGGGCCUCCAAAUCUUGGGUUGCUGCGAUCCGGGGAGGGGAAGACCUUGCGAAUGUGAAGUGUAGCUAACUAGGUUAGUGCAGAAAGGAGAAGGCCAUUGGUAAGAUUGUGGGCUUGUUGCAGAAAAUAAAUUUUGUUUAA